GAGCUUUACGUUUUUUCGGCAAUCAGCUGAACAGUUAACAGAUUUAUCUCUGAUUUGUCGAACCCUUAUUACGAGUUGUUGCGAAAAAUAAUUAAGAAAAAAGAACCCCGAUUAGAUGUGACGCGAAAUCGGGGAGUAACUCAAGAGCACCAAACGCUUAUCGCUCCCAAAAAACACUCAGUUCGCUGGAUAAGAUGUCCCCAAAAUGAAAUGCCACCAAACCGACGGCAACCGUUAGCGAACAAAGAGGCAAAUGCACGGCACUUGGACAGCGGAUAAUGGCGAGGAGCAGAGCUCUUUGCUGGCGGCGGCGGCGGAUAGUUCCGCCACUGGAUCCGACGAGGAGGGGAACCAGCACCGCACCAAGGUCAAGCUAAGGAAGUUGCAGCGACGCAACCGCCUGCCGCUGCCAAGGAGCCUGAGACGCCUCGGCUGUUACACAUUGAGCGCCUGCACUGUGUUGCUGAUGCUCUUCGUCUACCUGCCGCUCAUCUACAUGGAUGUGCACCGGCGUAGUGCUGGUCUGCCCGACUGGACGCUGGAAACCUCCCGGAGCGUAAGCGAUUAUCUCGAUCCCGGACAGGAAACGGCAACCAUUGUGCCCCGUGAUCUUUGUCGGAACAAGACCUUCCUGGUAAUCGCCGUCUGCACGGGCCUGGGUAACUUUGUUCAGCGCCAGACCAUACGCGAGACCUGGGGCAACACCACCGAGUUUAACUACCCGGCCUUUGCCAAGCUCCAUGGCCAUCUCAAGGGUAGGUACCUGCCACUGCUGCCGGAGCGUCUCAAGCUGUACGCUGAGUACCUGCACGGCAUGGGUGACACCCUGACCGCCACAGUGCGCGUUGUCUUUGUUAUUGGCCGCAGCCGGGACGAGGCACUUGUGGGAAACGAGACCCUGACGCGCAUUCACAGCGAAGCGGAGCAGUACAAUGACAUAAUCCAGGGUAACUUUGUGGACAGCUACAACAACCUCACCCUCAAGUCGGUUAUGGCUCUGAAGCACAUCAGUCGGAGCUGCUCGAAUACAUCCGCCUUCUUCCUCAAGUGCGACGACGACACCUUCCUGAAUAUACCCAAUUUGUUGCACUUCCUCCUCGGAGGCACCAUACCGCUGUACAACGACACCUUGGACUAUCACGAUCGCUUCACCUUCCUGGCCACAUCGCCGCAGAACCGGAUGAACGACAGCUCCGGGGUGAUGUACGGCCAUCAGUUCUGCAAUGUGGUACCGGUGAGUGAUGUGACCAGCAAGUGGUACAUGCCCUCGUACAUGUAUCCGCCGGAGGCGUAUCCAAAGUAUCUUUCUGGAGCCGGCUACCUGCUCUCCAUCGAUGUGGUGCAGCGGCUAUACGAGGCGUCACUUAAUACAACGCUGGUUUACUUGGAGGAUGUGUACAUCACGGGGCUGUGUGCACAACGGGCCAAUGUCAAGCGUCGCCAUCAUCCUCUCUUCAGCUUCGCUCAUUCGAAGAAACUGUGCGCCUUCAAGGGCAGCAUACUGCAGCAUCAGGUAAAGGACGACAGUAUGGUGGAGGCCUGGAACCAUGUGUCCGACUACUCCAUCAAGUGUCCGCCGCCGGAGCGGUACUUCAGCCAGCUGCGACUGCACAAGCGGCCUAAUUGUUAGAACCCGGGCUCUCUACUUGACUUCUCUACUUGCUUCAUCAUUUUACAAAAAUUUGUUAGUCUGCAGCGGAUAAGAUAUCAGUUAUCAGUUAUCAGUAAUUAGUAUCAGUUAUCGGUUAUCUGCUGAAUUGGUUGCCAAGAGAAGGUGAUACAUGAAACCCUCAAAGUUUUUAGAUUGGACAAAGAUUAGAAAUGUAUCAAGCUUCCCAGUUAUUCACUUAACUCACUCUUUUCCGAGUUAUUUGCGAAUAUUUAACAUAAAUCAUUAUUUAUGGACCCUGGUUUUCAAGAACAUUGUGUUAUAGUUUCUUUUUUCCUUAUCGUCUCUGUAAUGAUCGAUGUCUACAUGUAUAAUAUUCCUAGCCCAAACUCAUUACUCGUACUGAAUGUAUUCACCCUUUUAUCAACGAAAACAACCCCCUUAAAAUUGAGAUAGGGCUUUUGCGAUAAGUUUAUACAAGUAAAUGUUACUUUAUUUUUCAUUAUAUUAGCACCCUGAAACCCUGUAACCCCAUAUCAAUGUUAAAAGUAAAGCACAUAUAUAUAUAUCGUACGUAUAGACCCCAGAUCAUAAAAAGAGAUUUAAAGUUAGAUAUGUAAGUAUUUAUUUUGCCAAGUCCUGCUUGUUUAUAUCUCUUUUGAAUGUUGUAAAUCAAAUAUAUAUAUCACUUUUUGGCUGAUCCACGCACAGAAACUGUAACAUUAUUUAUAAUCAGUUGGCAAACGUGUGAUACAUAAGAACGGAACAAUAUUUAAUAAAUUAAAUUGCCAAAUAUCUAGUUGUUUGUUCAAACUGCAAAAGAAAAAAUGAAUAAAAUUCAAGAAAUUCGCAAAA